AUGGAAUCUGAAGUAGACUUCAGCACUGCUCCGAGCAUCUUCCAAUGCCCCAUCUCCUUGAAGGUCAUGGAGGAACCUGUGUUUGCUGCCGACGGUUUCAUCUACGAUCGCAAGUUCAUAGAGCUAUGGUUACACGAGAACCAAGUGAGCCCGAUGACCAAUCAGCCGAUG